AUGAUAACAUUUAUUUUUAUUUUAUUUUGUGUUAAACUUAAUCCUAAAAUUUGGAGUGUUCCAUAUAUCAUUAACGGAUUGCCUGGUAUCGACUUAUUUUCACGGAAGAAACACGGAAAAAAACAUGGAAAAGACACGGAGAAAAUACAGGAUAAAUGUAAAUCAUUUUUUCGUAAACUUGAGAUAGAUUUAAUUAAACACUGGACUAAUACAGAAGAAAUUUUUUUAUUUAAUAUACUUUCAUUAUAUCAUGUUUCUUCAUCUUUUAAACAUAUAUUUUCUUUCCUAAAUAUUAUUUAUUUGUUUUCAAAUCAUAAACCUUUUAUUGCACUUUAUCCAGUCAUUCUUAAGUUAAGUCUUCAAUUAGCUUCACAUCAUCAGAAUUAUUUCUUAAUUCAAUGUCAUUGUUGA